UGUGUGUGUGUGUGUGUGUUAUUGCUGCUGAUGCGAGUUGCUAUCAAUCCUUAGUAGACAUCGGCAGGACUAUUGACUUUCCCCUGAAAAUUUACAUUUCCCACACGGAUAUGGACGCACAUAGACUUUUCUUUAAGGAUUUGUCUGGAAAUAUGGCGGAAUCUCUGACGGAAAACGGUACAAAAUCCGACAAAAAGGGAAUAACGGAAAUUUUGUUCGACAUUUAAACAAGCUAAACGGAGGGCUAACACGAGCACAGGUGGAUUAUCACGCGCUCUUCUCCUCGCACAUCUGGCCUUGAGGAAAACAAAACAUCCGCCGACUCAUCAUUAUUAUUCUAACAAGAAAACAAACAAACAGACGGCUUAUAUUUUUGUCAAGGGGGGACACGAAAUUCUCCGAUGGUCCAGUGCUUUUCCCCCGGUUCAGCCAAGGGGAGGAAGGGAUGCUGUUUAGCUAGCCUACUCAGCUAACCGGCUAGCCUUCACAGCGUUAGCACAUUAUUAAACCCCUUUACUAAAUCUCGCUAAUUUACAGAUUUGUGGUUUAAACAAAGCCGAGGAUCAGCGCAUAAAUCCGGCUAAAGUUAAUACAUGAUGUGAGUUAUUAUAGAGCGGAAAUCGGAAGAGAAGUGAUUUUAGGCCAGUUGAUGUAAGAAGCUAGAAAGCUAUUCUGUGUGGGAAUGAGCUGUAAUGUAAUGUAAUGUAAUGUAAUGUAAUGGUGGUUCAGUACCUAUGAGGCAGACCUAGAUAGCAUGAAACUUCAUAUUAUUUAGGUCUUAACAUGUCAUUCAAGUCGAUUAACAGCAGUUUUAUCAUGUCUUUUUUCUCUCCUAGGCCAACGGUGAGAAGAAGCAGCUGUAGGGUUUGCAGGAACUUGUUUGUAAACAGUUACGUAAUUCAUUCAAGCUGAGCAGAUAUUAAGUACAUAAAUAUAAAUAUAUAUAGAUUACGUUUCUUGUAUUCUAGACCACUGCCCUGUUCUUACACAGUCUAACAUUUCAUUUAUUACCUGAUUUAUUGUUGUAGUAUAAUCAGCACAGUCUCUCAGGUGAUAAAUAUCCACAGGUAAACUCUAAACAUGUUCCUGAAAUACAGUUCUUUCCUUAGGUCUAUUUAGUCCUUUUUGUUCAUUUUCAGGCUAGGUUGUAAAUCAGGGCACAUUAAUAAACGUCACCCUUCUGCUUUUCGGCCUUCCGUGUCCCAAUAAAUGAACCCGAGUUAAAACAGUGGCAAUGGAGUGAAACAAGCAGUUAGAACGAGGCAGUUCAUUAUUUAUCCUCAAGCACGCAGCUGCGCAUGGAUCUCAGCAACGUUAUUGCUGUUGGCGCUUUGGCUAAAAGUGGACGCGAAUUAACUUUGAAUUCCGAACGUUAUUGCUCGGUGGAGUUUUAAUAAAAGGCGAUACCUCCUGGAGUGUUUCAACCACACAGGAGAGGAACGGCGCUCCUAAAUGGAGCAGGUUCUCUCCAGCCCGCGGGGUCAUUCCGACUGGGAAUCGGACCAGAAUUCGCUCGGAUUUCUUCUUUUGGAUAACGAUGAUGAUGUCGCCGCUGAAAGUGGCCAUGAAAAUCCAGAGAGACAUCAGAGAGGAGAGCCUGGUAUUGUCUCUCUAAGCUUUGAUGAGAUAUUUCAGGACAGCUCUUUGAAUCUAGAUGAAUUAUUUCGGGCGUCUCGCUAUUCUGGAUUAGAUCAAGCGUAUCCGUGGGAGCGUACGUCCGAGUGUGUCGGUCCAUCAUGGGAUAAACAGCAGUCUUUGCCACAGAAACUGACUGAAGGGGAAUGCUGUGAAACACCACACGAUGAGGUCACAGCAGAUCUCAUCAGCUUUAAUUCCGGUGCACCCAGUCCCACACACACUUGCACACCUGUGCAGCCUGUGGACAGUUUACAACCUGUUGGAACGGUGGAAACGGAUUGCCCUUUAGAUGGUCUCAUAGGCCAGCUUCCUUUGGAUCCUGUGCUGGACCAGACAUUCUCUCAAACCCUGCCUGCUCAGAGGACUAGUAUAGUUGAAGAGAGUCCUGACUCGCAUUGGACAAAAGAUUUGGCCUGUUCACAGACUACACCUGAGACAGUGACUGACCCCAUAUGUGCAAAUUUGGUGGAUCUUGCUGAAGAGAGUGCAAGUAGGAAUGCAUCCUGUAAUUUUGAGAAUUCACUCGAGACUUUGAUCCCUUUGCCCUUCAUCUACGAUUUGUCUUCCUCACCCCCCUGUUCGGUUUCCCACCCUGACGCUUCAGAGGAACUCUUACCGUCAUCGUUUUUGGAGCCACUUGUUCAGCCAUGUGAUGGUAGCCAUGCUAUCAUCCAGACAGCUGAGACUACAACUGCAGGGUUGUCGUCUGAACAGGAGGAUGAUAUUCUUUCAAUUAGUAAUACGAUACCCCAUGACGCAUCUGAGGUCCAGUCCAGGCCACAGUCACCAUUAGCAUUGAGCAAUCCGUCUGUACUAGAAAGAACAUUAGCUGGAUCAGACUCGGAGGCCAAACCUGGGGCACCGCUCAAGUCAUUAGCAACUAAUAGUCCAUCUGAGAGCAGCUCUCUGGGCUUAAGUGACAACUGUUCAUGUGAGGAUGAAAUGACUGUGGAAAUGAAAGAAGUAGUGGAAAGUAACCUCCCAUCUGAUGACUCCCGGGAACAGGAACUUGAAUCUGGUUUUACUCAAGCAGUUCCUUUGUUGUCACCUACAUUCAUACCUGAGCAAACGGCUCCAAUGGAGUCAACAUCAACCUCUCCGGCCUCACUUUCUCCUCAGACUGACUGCUCACCAGAAUACAGUAACGAUGAGCUUUGUGUGAUUACGCAAGAUUCUGAGGUUGACGUUGAAUCCGAAAUGGCAAGUGACUCAAACGAAAACUUGGGCCUUUCCUUAUUAUUUGCUUCUGAGAAAGACAUUAUCGUUGAUACCUUUCCUGCCUUGGAGAAAGAACCGCCUCCCAUUCCUCCUUCAAUUUGUCUUACCCUUGAGGCGAAUGCAGAGAGUGACACAAUCUUACUUGGCUCUGAAUCUCAAACACGCACCUCGUCAGAAAUAGAAAGCAAACACAAUCCUUCAGAGAGCACUAACUCGCCUGAGGACACAGGCAAAGAACAGACAAUCAACAUGCCCAGUGUGGACACAUUAGACAAAGAUACGCAUACACCUGCUGCUGUGGAUACACACCUCCUAUUGCACGUUCAGGAGGUGGUGUCUGUUCACACGUCGGUGAAUGGUACGACUCGACACUGCCAAGAUCCGAAUGGCUGUACAGCUGAGUUUAACUGGCAACCAAACAUGCAGGAGACCCUCUGUGAAGGUACCCAUGAACAUACACCUGAAAGGGACAUUCACAUAAUAUCUGAUGAUCUUCAGGACUCACACACUCUGACUCAGUCAUCUGAUGGCAGCGUGAAUACACACACACCUGAAACAACUUCAUGUCCAACUUUACCUGCCCCAAAAGUUGAAGCCGUUGUGUGUGUGCAGCAGGGGGAAAGGCAAGGAAUGGAUAGUGAACUGAAUAAUGUAACCCACACCUUUUUUGAGAGUAGUCCUGGUACUUUAGGCCCCACCCUCCUCUCAGGUACAGAGAGUCCACUCAGCCAAGUGGGCAGGGCCAUGGAGCAGGAAAGGGGAGAGGCUACAUCAAGACUCUGUCAGUCAGCUGAUGUGAAGGUAGAUGGGGAAACUGAUCUACCUGACCAAGCAGACCUGUCUCAGGUAGCACAGCCGAAGGUAAAUGAGUCUCCUGGCGGAGUUUGUCCGCUAGAAGAAACAUGUCUGCCUCUGAUGGAGGACGACGUCCUUGUAGUUCCUGAUGGUCCCGAAAAUGCCGAAAUGGCUCUGGAGUUAUGCAUGAGCUCAGAUUUGAUUCAGGAUGGGAGCAUUGGUGCCAGCGCUCUUCCAGCAGCCAAUCCCCAGGAUGAUGAACACUCGGCACUGCGGGCUGUUUUUCAAGCUCUCGAUCAGGAUGGAGACGGAUUUGUCCGCAUCGAGGAGUUUAUGGAGUUCGCCACGGCGUACGGAGUGGAACAGGUGAAGGACCUGACCCGCUUCCUCGACCCGAGCGGCCUGGGAGUCAUCAGCUUUGAGGAUUUCCACAGAGGAAUCACAGCCAUCAGCAACGGAGGAUCUGACCCAGAUCUCUACAAGCUACAGCUUACUUCAGGGGAUGCCAAUGGAGCAGCCGAGGAAUAUGAUGAGCAGGCGGAGGUGUCGGACAGCGCGUACCUGGGCUCGGAGAGCGCGUACAGCGAGUGUGAGACGUUUACAGACGAGGACACGGGAGCGCUGGUACACCCCGAACUGCACGAGGACGUGGAGACGGACAGCGGCAUCGAGACCACGCUCACCGAGAGCGAGGACCGAAACAGGUUCUCCCUCGGCUCGGAUUUGCACGGCCACGCCCUGGUAGCAGUGAUUGGCGGGGAGGAGGAGCACUUUGAGGACUUCGGGGAGAGCAACUCCACCUCCGAUCUUUUACUGGCCAAUCAGGAGGAAGGGAGGGCGGCUCCUGAAGGAGAGGGCGAUCCAGAGCCACACCCACACGCUGGAAGCCCGGUGCACCGCCCACAGAUGCUGCUGUCGCCCAGCUCCGAGCCUUUCCCUUCCAGCUUCCAGAAUUUCCUGCAGUCGGAAUCUCUGGAGUUCUUCUGCACUCACUGUCACAAACAGAUCAGCCGCCUCGAGGAUCUCUCCACGCGUCUGCACUUACUAGAAAUGAAUAGCUCCAGCAAGAGACUGUCCAGUAAAAAGGCAGCAAGACACUUGUUACAGUCCAGUGGUCUGGAUGGUAUGAACGACCUGAGCCGCGACAUCCUGGACCUCGCUGAUAGUGACAUCACUGAUAAGGUGCUACUUUUGGAACGGCGUGUUUCUGAGCUGGAGAAGGACUCAGCAGCCAGCGAGGAGCAGCAUGCCCGUCUGCGGCAGGAGAACCUGGCCCUUGUGCAUCGCGCUAAUGCCCUGGAGGAGCAGCUCAAGGAGCAGGAGCUCCACGCAGACGAGACCCUCAACACACUCGCUCGCAAACACAGAGACGCUCUGAGCAAACUGCAGCGUGAGAGAGAGCUGGAGAUCGAGAACCUGCAGGCCAGACUGCACCAGUUGGAUGAAGAGAACAGUGAGUUAAGGUCAUGCGUGCCCUGUUUGCGAGCUAACAUCGAAAGACUGGAAGAGGAGAAGAGAAAGCUUCAGGAUGAAGUGGAUGACGUGACCGACCGGCUGAACGAAGAAAUGGAGUCCCGCAGAAAAAUGGCUGAUAAGCUGAGCCACGAGCGCCACACCAGCCAGAAAGAAAAAGAGACCACACAGGAGCUGAUCGAGGAUUUAAGGAAGCAGCUGGAAAUGCUGCAGCUGUUUAAGUUGGAGACGGAGGCACGACGAGGACGCUCGCCUGCCGCCGGACUGCAGGAAUACAACACGCACAUGAGAGAGAACGAGCUGGAGCAGGAAAUCCGACGACUCAAGCAGGAUAACCGCAGUUUGAAGGAGCAGAAUGAUGAGUUGAACGGACAGAUCAUCAACCUCAGCAUUCAGGGAGCCAAAAGCCUUUUCACCGAGUCUCUGUCUGAGUCACUGGCAGCAGAGAUCAACAACGUCUCUCGCGCAGAGUUAAUGGAGGCUAUCCAGAAGCAGGAGGAGAUUAACUUCCGCCUGCAGGACUACAUCGACCGCAUCAUCGUGGCCAUCAUGGAGUCCAACCCUUCUAUACUCGAGGUUAAAUAAUCACCACGGCGACAGACUCCCGAAUUCACAAUGGCACUGAAGCCGAGCGAUAUACAUGUUAAAGAGGAUCUUAUUUAUAUCACAGAUGCGCUUCUGCUCUCAAGUCAUAAUGCAUCAUUCCAGGAAAGCGUUUGUGUGUGUGUGUGUGUGUGUGUGUUUACAUAUAUAGUAUAUGUUGGUUCCUGUGACUUCCCUGUGUUGUGGGAUUGAGGGGCCCAAUCCCUAAAGUCUGUGUGUGUGUGUAUUAGGGUUGUCUUGAUUAACUAAAAAUCUGCAUUUAAAGUUAAUUACCUGUUUAAAACUAUUAGCAUUAGUGCCAGAUUAUAUCACGACACGCAUUAUAAAUCUCAUGGUUUUCAAAAUAGCAUCUAGUAGUGACAAUAGUGAGUUGUAUCAACUAACAUCAAGGUUGCUAUAGUUACCAUUUCAUACAGAGGUCCCCGAGAACCUCUCAAGUGACUCUGGAUUGGAAUCAAGACCCACCAUGUUCGACAUAACAGAAAGCUGUCCAAUCCCAAAUGGCUUCCUGUUAACUACACAUGCUCAUUACAUAGGGUAGUUGAGCACGGGAGACCCUGAAUAGUGCACGAGAGAACAGAAGAAUAUCUACUCCAAUAUGUCUAUAAGUGCCUCCUGGAAAUAGUAGAGAAAAAUGAAUUUGUUUAUAUAUAUUCAGAUAAUCUGGGAGCCCUAAUACACACAUGCAGCCGUUAUUUUGUGUUAUUUUUGUUUAACCCCAUGACCCAUGUGAGGGACACUAUGUGUUCUGAGAGGGUGUGUGUGUGUGUGUGUUCAUGUCAUAACUUAUGAGUGUGAUGACGAUAACUAGUUGUGUGUAAAUUUUAGUUCAGUUUGAUUUUCCUCCUCAUGUAUUUAUUACGAUGAAGCAGAAGGCUGAAACAGACAAGACUCCAGGAGCUGAAGCCGUGGAGGCGGAGCGUUGUGAUCAUGAAGGGGCGUGGCUCUGAGCACACGUGCGCUUUCCUGCUGAGUGAAGGAAGGUGACCUGCGAAGGACAUUCCGUACGAUGAAAAGGUGUUCGCGUUGCUUCGAAUGACUACAUAUAAAUAUCUAUAUAUAUAAAAAUAAAAGAAAUAUAUAUAUAUUUCCUCACAUUGAAGCUGAAGAAAACGGUUGCACUCGGGAAUUUUCGAACUUUCGACGGAUCUCUCGGCUGGAAUGAUGAGAGCUUAUUUUCUGAUUAAAUUAUUUUGAACUGAUGACCCAGAGGGAGAGAAAGAGAGCGCAGAUGGACGUGAAAGUCUUGAAAGAACCUGCUGAGACGCGAGCGCUCGCACACACACACACACAACACACACACACACAUCUCUCGAAACAAUCCUCAGACUGCUUUCCUCAUCCUGUUUCACUUAUCGUAGGUGUUUUCCUAGCUGGAAGGAAAGAGUGUGAUUUUGUCUUCCACUGUCUCAUGACUUGUGUGUGAGUGUGUAUGAAGAUUUCAGUAGCUCUGGGAGCUGAUGUACAGUAUUACACUGAAUGUAAUACCGUAUUUUCCGGAUUAUAAGACUAGCAGGUGCUGCAAUUACUACACGAUUACUUUGCACCCUUAUAAACUUGUUUAUUAAGGAUUUGACAGUUUUGUUAUCAUUUAGCAUGAAAAAGGAGGUGCGUUAACGUUAAUGAAACUAAAUGCGACAAUACGCGACAUGCAGCGGAUAUAAAAAGUGCACACACCCCUGAAAAAAUGGAUUGUGAGGUCAAAACACAACAGAUCAGUCGGUUCAGAACUUUUCCCACCCUGACAUUUUGUGAAAUUGCAGCAGCAACGAUAUACAAUAAGCUAGUUGCUUAAGAGUGCACACCCCUAAACUAAUACUUUCUUGAAACACCUUUUGAUUUUUUCUACACCACACUUUCUUGUAAAAACAUUCCAGAUCCAUCAAACUGUACUUUUAAGGGUGUCUCCUGUGUGCAGCCUGCUUCAGGUCACCCUACAGAUGUAGGGUACUGGAUUUGGGUCAUUCAAAAAAACACUGAUCUUUUGGUUGAUCUGUUCCAUUGUUGAUUUUUGUUGGAUCGUUGUUGUGCUGAAAGGUGAAGUUCCUUUACAGCUUCAGCUUACUAGCAAGCUUUUGCAUUAAAAUUGACUCUGGUAUUUGUAGAUGUUCAUGAUUCCCUUCACCUUGAUAAAAAGCCCCAGUUUUAAAGCAUGAUGCUGCCACCACCAUGCUUUUAAUUUAUUUUAUUUUUUUUUCCACCAAACAUGUACUAAUUUGAACCUGUUCUCAUCAGAUCCCAGUUUGCUACAUGUUUUGGGGGUGACUUUGUUUGUAAGAAAGGGUUUCCGUCUCUAGGUAGACGCCCUACCCCCUAGCUCAGAGGGAGUAAACACUACUAGUCAGUUAUUCCUGCUGCUAAUUUCAUUUUGCUGUAAGUUUUGCCCUUGUCUUUUUCUUUAUUUGUUAGUGAUAGCCUUUACAGUGUUUGUGAUGCAUCUGUUUUGGAAAUUCAUCUCCUGAUUUGAAGUUUUUUUGCAGAACACGGCUUCAGUAGUUGCAAGAAGGUGUACAGAAAAUCUUACAGAAACGUUUGAACUUCAUUUGGGGGGUAAAUCAUCGAUGCCGGCUGUCCGAUUCCUUACUUCAGAACAUCCUGAAAACAGCCAUUUAGCAAGUUACUGUCACUUUUAUAGUGUGUAAUUUCACACUGAGGGUGGAAAAGUGACUGAUUAAAACCUGCAACAGGGGUGUGUAGACUUUUCAGUUUAAAAAAAAUAAAUAAAAUGAUUAUUAUUUUUGCUCAAGCAACGAAAAUCCAGAAAAUACGGUAAAAAUGAAAGUGCUGAUUUGUAUAAAUGUCAUUUUUAAAACUUUAUAACAUUUUUUCUUUUUUUCUUUUUCCCCUCAGCUAAUUUUUCGGUCACUUUAUUAUGACAUCAGAAGGUCCAGCUCUGUGUCUCAGCUAUCUGCUCUGUGAUAUCCUGCUAUAUAUAUAUAUAUAUAUAUAUAUUUUUUU